AUGGGCUGGAAACACGACCUGUCGCGACCCGUGCGCGACGACUGCUGCCGGGACCCGAACAAGUGCUGUCCGUACGGCUACCGGUGCGACAUGCGGACCCGCAACUGCGUGCGAAUCACCGACGACGUCAGGCCCGUCCACACGUCGUCCUCGAUGUCCAGCAGCACGCGCACCCAGCCCAUCAGCAACUACGCGACGGGCACUCGCGGCUACCACUCUUCUUCCUCCUCAACCGGACACUACGGCGUGCCGGACCAGGGGUUCGCCCUCUCGCAGGACAACUUCCUACGGUCGGACAACUGCCCAACUGGCACGUACUGCUGGGACAUCGACACAUGCUGCCUCAUCUCCCACGGCUACAACAACCUGUGGACUCGAGUGGAGUCCACCUGCUGCACGCGCUACAACAGCCCGAACUGCCAGAGGGUACGGGGUUGCAGAGUGACCAUGGGUGACCAGAGGUACAAGUCGUACCGGGAGACGUUCACCCGAAGACCGGCCUACUACGGGACGGCGCAUCGGACGGCCGUUCCUCCGGCUGCGACUGUCCUGGCACUUGCAGCAUCACUUCGUGGACUCGCGCUGUACACUUCUAGAAUGUGA